AUGACAUAUUACGGUCAGCUUGUGGCCUGAUAGGAUACUGCUGCAAGCUACAGCCAAUACAUUCACUUCAAGGGAGAAGGCCAAAAUGGCUGCUAGAAUUUUGAAAGCCUCAACUGGCCUUACAGGUCUACCUGUAUCACAAAACCCAAGAAAGAUGUUGUUGCAUCUCUAUGGUUUGACCUUUGAAUCACUGGAAAAAAUGCCAGCCAGUGCCGCAUAUAGAAAAAACACAGAAAAAAUUUUAAAACAUAGGGUAGAUAUAGUUAAAUCUACUGAAGACAUCAUUCAGAUAGAAAAGAAAAUUAAUUGUGGUCAAAUAGAAGAAAUUAUUGUACAGGCAAAAAAUGAACUAUCACUUGCCAGGCGUAUGUUAAUAUGGCAACCAUGGGAACCACUCCUAGGAGAUGCUCCGAAGGAUCAGUGGAAAUGGCCUAUUUAACAAAUAAAAGUCCACAAACUGGGUUCAUACAAUUUUUUUUUUUUUUUUUUUUUUUUUUUAAUGUGUAAGUUAGCAGCAGAACUCUCAGAUUCUGGUGUGAAGGGAAUCAUGGAAGAGCGGACGCUUCCUACCUUCAGAAACCAUAAAGGUUAACAGAACAGUUUUCAACAUGGCCAUAAAACCUGAGAUCUAUUUCUUAAGAGCAGUAUGUUUGUUUGAGGAUGCAGAAAACUGUAAUCUCUAGCUUUCAUUUUAUAGCAAGGAUUAUUUUUCACCCUGUUUGCACGUAAUGGUUACCUCAGGAGAACCUGUUUGGUGCACAGUAUGAAGUACUAUGUGAGCUACAGUAAUGAAUGUUGCUAAGCACUCUACAUGAUUAGUAUUAAACACUGUGUUUGUUUUAUUAA